CUUCACCGGUUCUACGUGGACGCGGACUUUGCGCGCGGCGCCGCGGUGACGCUCUCGCGCGAGGAGACGCGACACGCCACCAAGGCGCUUCGGUUGAAACCGGGCGAUCGUUUGGAAGUGUGCGACGGUCGAGGGACGCUCGGCAUCGCGAGGCUGUGCGCCGUGGACGGCGUGGGGGCGACGGUGGAGGUGGAGGAGAUGGUGGCGGACGCGCUCGGGAGCGGGACGGCUUGGGACGUCGCGAGCGCGUUCGGCGGAUUAAAGGGCGGACGAGGGGACUGGUUGGUCGAAAAGUGCGCGGAACUCGGCGCGCGCACGCUCGUACCGUUGUUGACGACGCGAUCGGGGGCGAUCGGGGGUGGGGAUAGGGACGGGGAUAAGAAGCGCGGGCGCGAGGGUCGGUGGGGGCGCGUCGCGCACGCGGCGAGUAAACAAAGCUUGCGCGUGUACGGCUUACAGGUUGCGCCGCCGAUCGGUGUCGAGGCGCUUUGCGAAGAAAUCGCGAAAGAUUGUGGCGAGCGGUUGACGUUGCUCGCGGCGGCGGGCGCGCCGCCCAUCGCCGACGUCGCGCGCGCUUCGGGACUAGACUUGCGCUCGGGACGGAUCGUCAUCGGGCCCGAGGGAGAUUUUACGGACGAAGAGUUGAAGGCGAUGAUCGCGGCGGGCGCACGGCCGGUUGGUUUAGGGUCGUUGCGUUUACGCGUGGAGACGGCGGCAAUUUCCGCGCUCGCCGCCGUG